GGGUGGAGGAGGAGGAGGAGAAGAGGUUCAGCAGCAGCGGAGGCGGAAAGAGCAACAGGAGGCGGCGGGAGACAUAGAAGAAGAGGGAGAAGGAGGAGGAUGAGAAGUAUAAGACGGAGAAAAGGAACAGCAGGAGGAGGAGGAGGAGGAGGAGGAGGAGGAUAUGGAGGAGGAUAUAGAGGAAAAAGAAGAGCAAAAGGAGGAAGAACAUGAAAGUGCGGGUGGAGCGGAAGAUGAGGCUCAGCAGCAGUGCCUGCGCCUGCAGCAGCCAGGAGGCGAAGAAUCAUGAUGAUGACGAUGAUGAUGAUGAUGAUGAUGAGGAGGAGGAGGAGGAGGAGAAGGAGGAGGAGGAGGAAGAGGAAGAACAACACUACGCGCACGUUCCCUAUCGGCUGGCUGCGCUCCGAUCAUCGUCAAGGAACCAGGAGGAGGAGGAGAAGGAGGAGGAGGAGGAGAAGGAGGAGGAGGAGGAGGAGAACCAGGAGGAGAAGAAGAAGAAGAAGAAGGAGAAGAAGGAGAAAAAGAACAGUAGUGAUAAAGAGGAGGAGAAGGAGAAAAAGAACAAUAGUGAUAAAGAGGAGGAGAAGGAGAAUCGUGAUAAACGAGGAGAGGAGAGGAGAGGAAUUGCAUCAUCAGCGGCGCUGGCAGCAGGAGGAGGAGGAGGAGGAGGAGGAGGAGGAGGAGGAGGAGGAGGAGGAGGAGGAGGAGGAGGAGGAGUGGCAGCAGGAGGAGGAGGAGGAGGAGUGGCAGCAGGAGGAGGAGGAGGAGGAGGAGGGGGAAUAGUGACAAUCAGCGGUGAUGAUGAUGAUGAUGAUGAUGAUGAUGAUGACGAUGAUGACGAUGACGAUGAUGAUAAUGGGGAUGAUUACGUGGGCAUAAUCGCGAUGAUGUGGAGGGAUGGUCGCAGUGACGCGAAGGGGAUGAUCACUAUGGCGAUGACGUGGAGGGGAUACGAUGAUGAGGAGGGGGUAAUCACGAUGACGUGGAGGGGAUUAGACUUCAUGCAGAGCACUCUAGACCAGAUUCUAGAUGUAUUGACAAGGCCAGGAUUCAGGCAACCAGCACAAUCGCCGUUGCCGUUAUCGGCGAUGUCAGGCCCAUUUCCAGUUCAAGCUGGUACACAGCCAAGUGGUACGUCUGCAGCAGUCGCACAGACUGUUGCAUCUUCUUCUUCGGGUCCAGCGGUGGGAGCUACACCACCGCAACAACCUGUCCCUCAACAGGGACAGCCCCAAGGUACCCCAAUGGAACCGCCUCUUGCCUUCUCAGGCGAGAGAAAGGACGAAGAGCUCAACACUUGGUUGAGGACGGUCCCGGUUUGGUUGAAGGCCAAGAGGACCUCGUUGGAGGACAAAGUGGUUACCGCUGCAUCUUACCUCGAGGGUGAGGCAACCAAGUGGCUAGAUGGUGUAGUUGUAAAAGCUGGGUACGGGCGACGCAUGGCGGACUGGGCUAAGUCUUUAACGUUAGACCAGUUCAUGGAAAUGGUAGAAGCUCGAUGGCAUAAUCCACAAGAGGCGCAAAAAGCCACUGAUGCGAUUAACAGACUAGACCAACAAAAGUUUAAGUCGGUCAGAGAGCUUACGACUACCGUUGAGAGCCUGAUCCUUGUUCCUGGCAUCAACUACAGUGACCAGUUCCUGUUAACUACGUUUGUUAGAUGUCUUCCAGAGAGCACCAGGAACUUGCUGGCCAGCGAGGCACGCACCAAGUACCAUUCGUUUGAGACGUUGUCUAGGAAAGCCUUAGAUUUGGAGGCCACUCUAGGCAAUGCUCAACCCUCUCAGAGUGACACGAAGAAGAAGAAGAGUCCUCAGGAGUGGAAGAAGAAGGGGGCUAAGUUGAUGAUGGUUGAGUCCGAUGGGACUCAGACGGAGAUCGACGAGCUCACUGACCUGAUGGACUACUCAGAGUUCGACGGAGAGGAGACCGCUGAGGGUAGCACCCUCGCUGCAGUUGUAAAGGCUAAGGCAGGUGGCCGAGGGAAGGGCCAACCAAAGAGUCAAGGGAAGACCGCCUCCGACCAGACCAAAGUGGCUGAUUGGGUGAAGGCAGGUCUUGAUCAAGACGUGUGGCGUGACCGCCGAGUGCGUGGCGCUUGUAUCAACUGCGGGGAAUACGGUCACUCACAGUACAAGUGCCAGAACGCAAAGAUACCCUCCCCACUUCACGAGAAGGCCAAAGCCAAUGACUCUUUAGUCACCCCGCAGACUCAUCUAGACCAAACUAUGCUCUGUACGUUAGAUGUGUCUGAUGCCUUAGGAGACUUGGAGAGUGAGUGGUCAAACAAGGACCCUUGCAAGUCGUGGGUGGCGCUAAGGAAAGGUCCUAGAGGGGAACAUUUCGUGGUGGAAGUCGAUGUAGGAGGCUGUGGAGCCUUCAUAGACAUAGGCUCCAUGCGGAAUUACAUAAGUCGCGACUGUUUGGAAAGGCUGCACCUACAGGACCGGGUACGGCACCUUAGUAGACCUGUAGCAUCUACUUUGUCAAACAAGGAGCGCAUGAUAGUAACAGACUAUAUCAAGGACGUAGUCUGUACCUUCUCCUAUGGAGGAGGAGAACUUAAUCAUAAGAUUUCGUUCUUGGUUAGCGACAACUUACCAUUCGACAUGUUGUUAGGCAUGUACUACCUCGAAGUUGCUAGGCCCCAGUUCGACUGGGAUAAGAAGGUGCUCAAGCAUAAGUUGCCCGAUGGCCGAACUGUCAGAUUGACUAAGUUCAAGGCCAGUAGUAUUAUAGAUACCUAUGGCUGCCUGUGUGCAUCAGCGUUCUACAAUUACUACAAGCAAAACCAAGAGGAGGGUAUGUACCUUGUGUAUGUCUUUGAGAAAGGGGAGGCCGUUAAAACACCCCCAGAGAUAGAACACGUCGUUGCUAAGUUCCCUGAUCUGUUCGAAGAGCCUACAGGGGUCGUAGAAAGGGAAGUUGUCCAUGCUAUAGAAAUCAUUCCAGGGAGUAAAACCCCAAAGGGAAGGAUCUAUAGGAUGGCUCCCGCCGAGUUAGAUGAACUCAGGCGACAACUGAAAGAGCUGACAGAGAAGGGAUGGAUUCGGCCUAGUACUUCCCCUUACGGAUCACCCGUUCUAUUCGUACCAAAGAAGGGGGGUACAUUGAGGAUGUGCAUUGACUAUAGAGGCCUCAAUGCCAUCAGUGUGAAGAACGCAGAGCCUCUACCUCGCAUAGACGACCUACUGGAUAGGGUGCAGGGAUGCAAGUACUAUACAAAGAUAGGCUUGAAAUCCGGCUAUCAUCAGAUCGCUAUAAGGCCUGAGGACCAACACAAGACAACUUUUCAGACUUGUUAUGGUCUGUAUGAGUUUGUAGUGAUGCCUUUUGGUCUUUGUAACGCGCUGGGAACAUUCCAGCAUGCUAUGAAUCGGAUCUUCCUUGACCAUUUAGAUAAGUUUGUCGUGGUAUACCUUGACAACAUUCUGAUCUUUAGUAAGUCUGCCGAGGAGCACACACAACACGUUGAGACGGUACUUUCACUUCUUCGACAACACAAGUAUAAGGUCAACUUAGAGAAGUGUGAAUUCGGUUCCACUAAGAUAUUAUACUUGGGUCAUGAAGUAUAUGCGGAGGGGAUUAGGCCAGAAGAUGCGAAGGUGGCUAGUAUUCGAGACUGGCCACGACCUCAGACAGUCACUGAGGUCAGAUCAUUCUUAGGAAUGUGCGGCUACUAUAGGAACUUCGUUAAGAACUAUUCUACAGUCGCCUCUCCUUUGACUGAUCUAACUCGACUUGACACGCCGUGGGACUGGAGUGAUGAGUAUGAGGGUGCUUUCAAGAGAUUGAAGCAUGCACUCAUGAAUCAUGAGGUCCUCAUGGUUCCUGAUCCUCAGAAGCCAUUCAUAGUGACCACUGACACAAGCCAAUAUGGCAUUGGCGCGAUGCUGGCUCAGCAGGAUAAGAAAAAGUUGAGAUCGAUUGAGUACAUGAGCAAGAAGAUGCCAUCGAAGAAGUUGGCAAAAGCAGACUACCUAGGUGCGCUAGUUUCUGACUUUGGCGUAUCUGAAGAAGUAACUCAAUCAUUGGUGGGAGCCUAUCAGGAAGACCCUGUCACGAUGGACAUCAUGCGCAAACUUCAGGCUGAAGACAAGGCCACAGAAAGACAGAGUGUUUCCAUGGAUUUCAUGGACACCCUGGUGACUAGUAAGAGUGGCAAGAGGCACAUCUUCGUCAUCAUCGAUCGAUUCACCAAGUACGCUAGACUAGUGGCUAUGCCAGAGACUGCAAGAACUGACUAUGUCAUCAAGUUGUUCAAAGACAACUGGCGGUUUCACCACCGAGCCGAAAGCCUGAAAGAGAUUUUGAAGGUGAUGAUGUCGAACGAGGAGGAGGACAACUGGGGUUGGAUGACCCCCGAGAGGUUGCUGGUGAUUUUCUGCAUCAUUAACCUGAUCAACUAUGUGGACAGGGGAGCGAUUGCCAGUAAUGGUGUGAAUGGCAUGCGGGGCAAUUGCACUCAGGACUUACAUGUCAUUUGCCAAUCGCCCUUGGGCAUUCAAGGCGAUUUUGAUCUAUCGGACACACAGGAUGGGUUUCUUCCAUCUGCCUUUAUGGUUGGCCUUCUGGUGGCAUCCCCUAUAUUUGCAGAACUUUCAAAGACGUGGAACCCGUUCCGAUUGAUCGGGAUCGGUCUUGGUGUAUGGACACUAGCAGUGGCUGGCUGUGGGGUAGCCCCAGGAUUCAUCUUCUUGGCAGUCUGUAGAAUGUUUGUCGGGGUGGGAGAGGCAUCCUUUGUAAGUUUGGCGGCACCGUUCAUUGACAAUUAUGCUCCUCCGGAUAAGAAGUCGUUGUGGUUGUCGCUGUUUUACAUGUGCAUCCCUGCCGGGGUUGCAUUGGGCUAUGUCUAUGGAGGCCUGAUAACGCGCGUCUUCUCGUGGCGGAUGGCAUUCUUCAUUGAAGCCCUCUUCAUGUUUCCCGCCGUGGUUUUCGGCUUCGUUGCAAAGCCCCUUCAGUUCAAGAGCGGGAUGGGAGCGCGAAAGCCGUUGGAUCCCUCGACGAUCUAUUCGGAUGCUCUCGAUUCGAGUGACCAGGUGAUGGGCGAUAUACGAGCGCAGAUUUCUGUGCGCCAACCGAUGCUUAGGAGCUAUUCAACAAAGAAGCCGUUUUUCGCCAGCCUCCUGCAAGGGGGUAAGGAUUUCGGGAAAAGUGUGGGGGCGUUUCUCGUAGACCUGAAAGAGCUGUUUACGAACAGAGUCUAUGUGGUAAAUGCUGUUGGCUAUACUUUCUACACUGCCGUCAUCGGCGCAUACGCCUUUUGGGGUCCAAGAGCCGCAAAGAUCGUCUUCAACAUGGCGAGCGCAGAUGAGGUCUUCGGAGCCAUCACCGUGCUUACGGGCAUCUUUGGCACUUUCUGUGGGGGUGUGGUUCUGGACAGGAUCGGGACCACAAUAUCGAAGGCCUUCGGUCUCUGUGCAAUUUCCGUCUUUUUUGGAGGUAUCUUAUGCAUCAUCUCCUUCUUUAUGAAGUCCCAACUGGCCUUCAUAAUUUUCAUUGCAUUAGGGGAGUUUCUUCUCUUCGCAAUCCAGGGGCCCGUAAACAUCAUAAGUUUGGGUUGCGUUCCACCGAAAGAACAAGCACUAUCAAUUGCCAUGGGGACGGUUACCAUCCAUGUCUUCGGCGAUGUUCCCUCGCCACCGAUUGUGGGGUAUAUUCAGGACCAUGUGCACGAUUGGCGGAUAUCGAUGAUUCUGCUGUCUUGCUUACUGUUUGUGGCUUCCAUGGCUUGGGCAGUUGGUUGGAUGAUGCCCAACACAUCUAGUACUCCGUCUUCUUCUGGACAUCGCACCGAAGAAGAAAUAGAUACGCUCUUAUCCCACACAGGGAGGGAAGGUGUGAAGACUGUGCGCCGACCACAGGCAUGACCUAUUCCUCCUGUGUCCACUGCUCUGUUCAAGAUUGAUCAUGGGGUCAUCAUCUAUUCAUUGCUUAUGUGUCCAUGGUGCUGUUCAAGAUGCUGGAGUCGACCUUGUCGACCCAUGCAAUGUCCAGCGCUUCUUGUUGCGGAAAUCUUGGUGGAGGAGAGGGAAGUCGACCUUGUCUACCCAUGCAGUGAUUGCUCAUUUGUACACGGCUCCGUUCAAGGCGUGGGAGUUAUCGUCUAUUCAUUAAACUGACACAGAAGCGGACAGGUGGACGUAGAGACGCCCGCCCAGCCAAUCACUACGUCGGCAUCAGAUUCUCCCAUUGAGGUUUGUUCCUUCCUCUUCUCUCCGUCGCUGAUCAACGGACGACAGCUGCGUUAAGUCAACUUAUCAAAUCAGAGAUGGUCCAGGCAGGAUCAGAAACAAACCAGGAGGAACAGGAACAGACAUUGUCAAGGAUUUCAAAGCGGAACAAAUCACCGACAAUGCAGGAGGGACGGGAACGAACUACCGUCUUCACCCGAAUAGAACGCCCGGUCAGUAUAGCUGUGUUCAGCGCACCUUUCAGUCCACAUGCAGCUAGAAUGACCAGGCGUUCUAUUCGGGUGGAGACGGUAGGAGGAACAGGCACAGACAAGGAACCUAUAAGGAACACUCCCUAAGAAUGAUGGUCAGGCCAGAUCAGCAAAGAGUGAAACAUGACUGUUUCUCUGAGAGGCAUGGGCGGAAAAGUCGGGGAGGGGGCUCUCAUGCCGAGGACGGCGAGGAGGUAUUAAGAGGUGAUGCUGUGCAUGGCAACAAACGGACGACAGCUAAAUUAGUGAACGCAUUGACGUUAGAGAUGGUCAAGACAAGGCAUGAUCAGAAGCAACCACUGUCCAGUAGGAAUGGAAACAAACCAGGAGGAACAGGAACAAUGCAGCAGGAACAGGAAUGAACCAGGAGGAAUGCAAAGAAUACUCCUAAAAAACUUUUAAGGAUGAAAAUGAUGGUGAGACCAGAACUGUUACAGCAAACAGUGAAACAUGUCUGUUUCUCUGAGAUGCAUGGCUGGAAAAAUUCUGGUAGGACGGUGGACACCCUCAUGCUGAGGAGGUGGUAUAAGAGGUGAUGCUGUGCAUGGCAAACUAUGGAUUUGCUGAUCUGUUCGCGACAGGUGUCAGAGAACCUGACAGUGUGGUGAGGCACAGGGUGGGGAGUGCAGUGACUCUCCGUCGGCAUCGGCAGAAUGAAAAAUGCACCUGGACUGAAGAUUCAGAGGCAGACAGGAAGAAUGGCUGUUAGAAAACUUGGGUGAGUAUGUGUUCUUCUCCAGUGUACUGCAGAUGUUGGGCUACACCUGCACUAACAGUGCCACAUGAGCGGCCACAUUUUUUUACCUGCAAUUUGCUUUCUGAUGGACAGCCACAUCAGCUGUGCAGCCAGUUGCUGUGUCUGGUUCAAGCAUGGAAGCAUGCAUGCAGCCUGGCGGGGCAAGCAGGACCGUAAGCUGCAGCUGAAUUCGUGCUCGAUGUCCGUAGUGAGUCAAGUCUUGUGCCAUCUCAGCAGAGGGGAUGCGCAUAGGCAGGAAGUCGGGAGGAGCAGGAUAACGAUGGCAACAAGCGAAGAACAGUUGGUUGCAUGGUGUAUAAAGCAAGGACUGGAGAUAAAUGCACGUCACCUUGCGUUUGAGGAGGUGAUAAGUAGGGAGUGAUAGGCAGGUAGUCAGGGGGAGCAGGAUGACACCGGCAACAAGUGAAGAACAGUUGGUAAGAGCAUAUCCUCGUCCUCGCCCUCCUCCGCCUCCUCCGCCUCCUCCGCCUCCUCCUCCUACUCCUCCUCCUCCUCCUCCUCUUCUUCUUCUUCUUCUUCUUCUUCUUCUUCUUCUUCUUCUUCUUCUUCUUCUUCUUCUUCUUCUUCUUCUUCUUCUUCUUCUUCUUCAGACUCUUGUAGUUGGGCCCUGAUAUCUGUGUCAUUUAAUCGCUGAGGAUGCGUGCAGCUUGCAUGGUGUGUAAACGGAGGGCUGAAGAUAAGUGCACAUCGCCUUGCGUUUAAGGAAGUGAUAAGUAGGGAGUGAAGAUAUUUUAUCUAGUAUUUGAUUGAAUGGCCGACCACUGGGCGCAGGUAACACGUCCCUCUAGGACGGGCCCUUUGGACCUAAGGCUUGAGAACAGUUGGUUUCACUUGGUGUGUUCAGUGACAUACAUCUGGAUCUGGUCCAUAGAAGGAAGUGCAAGGAACCUGCUUGCCUUUUCAGCUGGUUCCUGAAUCCUGAUACCGUAUUACGCGGUAUACAAUGUUGUGUCAUUAUAGCUGUAUCUGGCACAGUUUUCAUGCGAGAUACAGGUGUUAAUGACCUCAUGCUGUAUGUGAUGGAAUAGAGUGCAGUCUAGUUGUUGGCAAGUGGGGUCUGGCCCUUAGUGCUGCACCUGGCCAGGUAGGAAAAUGAAUUUGGAGAGCCAUUUCAUGUUUUGAGGUACGUGAAGAGUCCAUUUUUUUGCAGGCAAGGUGGUCAUGAUUUGAUUCCUGAACGGAUAAUUUUAUCAACUUUGUACGGUUACACCCAUGGCAAGUAUUUGUCGGUUUCCUCCAGUUUGGGCGCAGAGACUCGAAGCUUCUAUGCAGCGGCUGCUAGUUUAACUCGUGCUGCCAACAUUCCUAAAUUUCUACGUUUCCACUUCGUCCGUAUAGUGCUUUAUCUC